AUCGCUUCCCUCCCCGGCCAUCGCCUCGCCCAACGGCUCUAUUGUGCACGCCGCUCCACGUUGACCGUUGCGAGUUUAAAGCAUCCCCUUCCUCUCGAGACUCCUUCCUCUCACUUCUCAUCGCCGGGAUCCAGAUCGUUCUUCCUCUUGCCCGCCGAUUCGUUCCACCACCGCGAAAGCCACACAGAGAGCAGGAGAGACAAUCCAGAGAGAUCGGCGCCAUGAACGACCUCAUGACUAAGUCCUUCAUGAGCUACGUCGACCUGAAGAAGGCGGCGAUGAAGGACCUGGAGGCGGGGGGCGACGGGAUCGAGCUCCCGGAGUCGGGCGCCGGCGGCGUCACGGACGAGCGCCUGCGCGGAUUCUUCCAGGAGGCGGAGGCGGUGAAGGCGGAGAUGGCGGCCAUCCGCGACGCGCUCGACCGCCUGCACGCCGCCAACGAGGAGGGCAAGUCGCUGCACCAGGUCGACGCCCUCCGCGCGCACCGCGGCCGCGUGAACGCCGACAUCGUCGCCGUGCUCCGCCGCGCCCGCGACAUCCGCGCCAGGCUCGAGUCCCUGGACCGCGCCAACGCCGCGCAGCGGAGGCUCUCCGCGGGGUGCCGCGAGGGCACGCCGCUGGACCGCACGCGCACCGCCGUCACCUCGGGGCUCCGGAAGAAGCUCAAGGACCUCAUGCUCGACUUCCAGGCGCUGCGGCAGCGGAUGAUGUCCGAGUACAAGGACACCGUGCAGCGGCGCUACUACACGCUCACCGGGGAGGUCCCCGAGGAGGAGGUGAUCGAGCGCAUCAUCUCCGACGGGCGCGGCGAGGAGCUCCUGGGAGCAGCCGUCGCGGAGCACGGCAAGGGCGCCGUGCUCGCCGCGGUGCACGAGAUCCAGGACCGCCACGACGCGGCGCGCGAGGUGGAGCGCAGCCUCCUGGAGCUCCACCAGGUGUUCCUCGACAUGGCCGUCAUGGUGGAGAUGCAGGGGGAGAAGCUCGACGACAUCGAGAGCCACGUCGCCAGCGCCUCCCACUACGUGCAGGGCGGCAACAAGGAGCUUGGCAAGGCCAAGGAGUACCAGCGGAGCAGCCGCAAGUGCCUCUGCAUCGGCAUCAUCAUCCUGCUCCUCCUCGUACUGCUCGUCAUCGUGCCCAUUGCCACCAGCCUCAGGAAGAGUUGAUCGAGUUUGUGAUGGGAAGAACUGUGAAAAAAAAUGAGGGGUUCGAAUCCGAUCGGGUGGGUCGGUGGUCCUAGUGAUCAGGACACUCUGCAGUUGUGUCUCGUCUCGUGUUGCUUGAUUUCGUAUUCGUUAAUUUGAGCCUGAAUGUUUCCGUAUCCAUCAGGAUUUGCUGAUGAUACCACCGGCAAUUGCAGUUGCUAUCUCUUACUGGGUUGUAUUGUAUGGUGUGAGAUUCGGUGAAACAAAUUCGUACUUAGCAGUUCGAAUUUAAAAUUCUCAUACAUGACAUGGAUGGUGCUUGAUUGCU